CGCUUUGUUUCAACACGAUUCGGAGGUGGCGUGGCCUCAAGAAUCUUUCCUAGACCGUCUCCCUUGCCUCGUCAACCUUCGAUUUUAAUCGCAAAAUACCUACAUCACAGCUCUUCUUGUCAUUGACAAAUCCAGACUCGAAUUUCGUCCUAAAACUUCUUUAUAUUUUCCCAUCUGUCUCUUGUUGAUGCUCAUUCAUCAAAGUGGUCCGGAAUCAAAAUAUCACGUGCUACUACCCCUGAUCGCUCUUACCCUGCCUUUUAAUCCUAGCACUGCACCCAAUUCAGCCUCUCUGCCGCGCAGUUCCUCUUCGAAAUACUGAAGCUCUCGAAUCUCCAGAUCCCUCGAUUGUAUAUCAUGUUCUGGGUACAAUUGCAGUGAUAGAUAGAAGUUCUCACUCGCCUCCCUCGUCUCCCUCGCCUAGCCCGCCAAGCCUUGGAUUUUCCCAGCCUAAACACCACAGGACUCAUUCGCAAACAUGGCAACGACUUGCACUACAAGCAUUGCGACUUCCAGAGCUCCGGACAAAAACUUCUUUACGCCUUCAGAUAAGAUCGUUCUUGAGGUGUUAUAUAAUGACUUGAACAAUGCUGAAGACGAAAAAGCAAGAACUGGCAAGACUACGACACCAGCUCAAGAUAAAUCUGCAAUUAAACAGCUCGAAAACCUUGCGGACCCAAAACACCAAAACUUCCAGCCGACCAUAUUCUCAUCUUGGGAUCAUGAUUUGAAUGAUUUAAAGAGUCCACGCAACUUUCACGAGGCUAUUUUGCAGAAGUACGUAAAAUGGGCAAGAACCGUGGUCCGACAUCAGACCGAUGUCGUCUUUCUCUCACACAUCAUCAUGUACUUCACAACGGCAUUACCAAGCGCCAUAUAUCUCUUCUACGACUUUCACUUGUGGCACGGAUUCGCUCAUAUCAUUUACAUCGUUUGGUGCUCUGGAGGCUUCACUCUUAUGAUGCACAACCACAUUCACAACAAUGGCGUUCUGUCUAAGAAAUAUGCAGCUUUUGAUUGGGCCUUCCCAUAUGUCUUGGAGCCACUCAUGGGCCACACUUGGGAUUCUUACUACUACCAUCAUUGUAAAGCCCACCACGUCGAAGGGAACGGCCCGGAUGAUCUGUCGUCCACGAUUCGAUAUCAGCGCGAUUCCAUCUGGGAUUUUCUCCAUUAUGAAAUCAGAUUCUUGUUGCUCUGUUGGUUUGAUUUACCCCGCUAUUUCAUAAGCAAGAAAAAGUACAACUUGGCAUUCCGAAUCACUUGCACUGAGCAAUCCUCAUAUGCGAUGAUGUAUUUUCUUGCAAAGUGGAAUUUCAAGCCCGCUUUAUUCGCCAUACUUCUACCAUUCGUCAUUCUCCGCAUCGGUCUCAUGAUUGGAAACUGGGGACAACAUGCACUUGUUGACGAUGUCGACCCUAAUUCUGAUUUCCGUUCUAGCAUCACUUUGAUUGACGUUCCAGUAAGUCAUUCUUUACCCCCUUCCCAAAUCUAAUCGUUACUGAUCCGUUUUCAAGUCGAAUCGCUUCUGCUUCAAUGAUGGUUACCAUACUUCACACCACCUCAACCCACUCCGUCACUGGCGAGACCAUCCUCGAGCAUUUCUCGCCGCAAAGGAUCGCUACUCUAAAGAGGGAGCUCUUGUGUUCCAAAACAUCGACUACUUAGAGAUCACAUUCCGCAUCUUGACCAAGAACUACAUGUAUCUCGCUUCCAAACUCGUUCCCAUGGGCUCUCAAAUUGGAAUGAGUCAAGAGGAAUUAGCUGCCAUGUUGAAAUUGAAGACUCGCAAAUUCAGUGAGGAGGAGAUUGCAACGAAGUUUAAGAAGCAGAAUUGAGGACUAGCAUAAUAUGAUAUUGAAGAGGUUGGAAAGUUGUGUAUAUUCUUGUUGGAGAAGAUAGAUUAGACUAGUGUUUAAUAUAGACUUUGGGGCUCGGCGGAUAUUUAUAUAUUAAUCAAGGCGUCCCAGCUCCGUUUUUCUGGCAAGAAUCGGGGCUGGGAGCUUGAAGGUCGGUCAUAAACAUA